CUAGUGGAACCACAGCCGCCUUUUGUCUGUGACAGAAGCGUUGUGGUGGCUGUGAUGUUCAGGUCCUUCUCCAACUCUCACAUCUGAGGAUUCACAUCCGUCCAGAGCGUCGUUUCCUCUGUUGUCUCCACGAGGCAGCCCACCACAUGCGUGUUUUAAGAGUACCGGGAUGGACAGUUUGAUCCUGGGGGCCGGUGACACUGAAGUCCUGGUGAGAUGUCCUUUAGCGGCAACGAGAACCAGGCUUCUCCGUCAACGACAGCUCCAACUCUGCCCUUCAGCAGCUCCACCUCCCCACAUUUCCAACCAUGGGAGGAGGGGGAAACCACUAGUGAGUCUGUGCCCGAAUGGUUGGGGAAUAAGACCUUGAUCCUUUCAGACCUCGCCGUUCUCGGGCAUGAUGAGCAGUGCCAUAUGUCCUCUGCCCUCACAGUGUGUCUGGUUGUGUGGUACAGCCUGACGAUGGUGCUGGGCCUGGUGGGAAACAUCGGCCUUAUCUGCAUCAUCGCCCGUCGCAGAGAAAAAGUCAAUGUCACCGGCAUUUUCAUCUGCAACCUUUCGUUCUCUGACAUCCUAGUGUGUGUCUUCUGCCUUCCUUUUACCGUCAUAUACACACUAAUGGACCAUUGGGUGUUUGGGUCGCUGCUAUGCCGGCUGGUGCCAUUCAUCCAGUGUGCGUCUGUGACCGUGUCUGUGCUGUCUCUCGUUUUCAUUGCUCUGGAAAGACAUCAGCUCAUCAUUAACCCAUCUGGAUGGAAACCAAGCAUUUCUCAGGCCUACAUGGUGGUGGUUCUCAUUUGGAUUCUGGCCUCCUUCACCUCCUCGCCGUUCUUGGCCUUUCAGCUGCUCACAAGCGAGCCCUACAACGUCACCAUGUCUCAGCCUCCACUCCAUCACCAAGCCCCCUCUCAGGCUUAUCUCAAUGCAUCUCCACCUCAGCCUUACAACACAUACAAAAACUCAUCGGCGCUUUCAAAUUCAUACCACACACUUUUCUCUUAUGCCCCCGCCUCUCCACAUAUGGAGGCCUGUCUGGAGCACUGGCCUUCCCAGCAACACCGGCUCGCUUACACCACAUGGCUCCUUCUGUUCCAGUACUGUGGCCCACUUUUGUUGGUCCUGCUCUGUUAUGUCAGAGUUUUUGUGCGCCUUCGUCACCGCAAAGACAUGCUGGACCGCGCCAGGACACCAGAGAGCCACAGCAUGACUCACAGCCGCCGAAUCAACAUAAUGCUGGUCGCCCUCAUCACCGCUUUUGCUCUUUGCUGGCUGCCGCUGACCAUCUUCAAUGUGGUGUCAGACUGGAACCAGGAGGCUCUGCCCAUCUGCCAUCACAACCUGCUGUUCUCCCUCUGCCACCUGCUGGCCAUGGCAUCCACCUGCAUUAACCCUAUAAUCUAUGGCUUCCUAAAUUCCAACUUUCACCAGGAGGUGAGGGAAGUGCUGCUGCACUGUCGCUGCAGUCCGGUAGAGGAAGGGUGUGAGCGUUUUCCCAUGUCCACAGUGCACAUGGAAGUGUCCCGCACCUCCAUGCCUCAGAGCAACUCUGUCUGACUGUUGGAUUUUACAACCUGAAAGAUUGUGCUAAUUUAGAAUUUAGUCACAUAAACUGUACAAACUGACUAAUGCCGUUUGUUCUACCUUUUAAUGACAAUUGAUUGAAAGUGAAACAUUAUGUCACUGGUCUGAAGUGAAGUGUGAUUUACAAUGUUGGUUUAUAUUAUUCUGCAGUAUCGAUAAGAAAAAGAAAAAAAAGUCAAACAAAAAUAUCCAAUUUUGGAUGCUUUACAGAGUAUUGUAACUAUUCAAAAAGUAAACAUUAUUUAUAAUUCUAUUUCAAUUUUAUAUGAACAGAUAAAAAAAAAAGUGUGCCCUGGACUUUGCAGAGCUACUGGGCCACUAAAAUCUCCAAAACAUAUAGAGACCAAUAAGGUUGUUGAAUUGCAAGUACUAAAGUUGAUAUUGAGGCUUGUGGUUGAACAAAAAACCUUUGAGACUUUCCUACCUGAUGUUUUGUGUCGUACCUCUGUUUUAUUUCUUACAUGUUAUUUGUUCUUUUGUAUUUUUGAAAUUUUUGCGCAGUGAGUUAAUGUGCCAUUGUUGUGACUAAUGUGACCCAUGAAAGUAAAAUGUAAACGUUUAUUACAGUGUUGUAAUAUAAAUGUGCUUCAGGUGAGUUAAAUGAAUAAAUAAAUAAUAACACAUUUGUCCAGA